AUCCACUUACCUCCUGAGCUGCUGAAGAACCCUGUGCUGCCUGUGACUCCGCUCCUGAACACCCACCUCCAAGAUGUCCUGCCAGCAGAGCCAGCAGCAGUGCCAGCCCCCUCCCAAGUGCACCCCCAAGUGCACUCCCAAGUGCCCCACACCCAAAUGCCCCCCAAAGUGUCCCCCUAAGUGUCCUCCAGUCUCUUCCUGCUGCAGUGUCAGCUCCGGAGGCUGCUGUGGCUCCAGUUCUGGGGGCUGCUGUGGCUCCAGCUCUGGGGGCUGCUGCAGCUCUGGGGGUGGUGGCUGCUGCCUGAGCCACCACAGGCGCCGCAGGUCCCACUGCCACAGACCCCAGCGAUCUGACUGCUGCAGCCAGCCCUCGGGGGGCUCCAGUUGCUGCGGAGGGGGCAGCGGCCAGCAUUCUGGAGGCUGCUGCUGAAGUAGACCUUGACUUCCUCUUCCUUCUGAUGCUGCCUGAAUAGCUGAGAGGUUCCAGCAAAAGCUUGAAGUCUUGCCUGGAGAAUCCCUCUGGCCUGGUGUCAGGAAACCCAAAAUCUUUCUCCUUGAUGGCAUUUAGAGACUUUCUUCUGCAUAUCCAUGGCUUCCCUGGGAACCCAAAGCACACACCUAGUUCCUGCGCAGCUCACACUGCUGUAUUCUGCUGCCUAAACUGAAGAAAUAAAGUCCAGAAUCUGCUCCCCAACUUGCUACCAGCUUGCUUGAUUUUCCUGUUUGUGUCAUCCUUGUUCUGCUCCCCUGUGUCUACUGGUGGCUGCUGAGGCCUUGGUGGACAGAGGAUGGGGAAAGGGUUCAGGAGGAAAAAGCUUGCAUUUUUGUGUGUUUUGUGUUGUUUCUUCUUUCUAUGUUUUCCUUUUAAACCAAGGGACCGAAGUAGUUUUAAGAAACAUUGUUCUUCCGACUUCUGGUUCCUUUCGUGUAUGUAACUGUGUCCCUCAGGCAUGGCCAGGAGGCCGACUUCAUCCUCCUUCUCACUGUCACCUCUUCACUCUUGUGUUCCUCGGUCCCCACUCCUUCCACUAACAAUCUCCCUGGACUCCUCCUACAGAUUGUAUGUACA